GUGGUGUCCGAAUUGCUAGAAAAGGGGGUACGGACAACAAGCAAAAACGAAAACUUCGAAUUCGAGAAAAAAAAAUUCCCCCCCGAAACGGAUUGAAUCAUGCUGACCAACUGCUUCUCCAAUGGCGGCGUCCAUUUCCAUCUCCCUCCAGUCGCUUCAACUGAAAAGGAAGAGCUCGACAUUGAAAUCAUCGAUGAAAGCAGAAGCAUGAAUGGGGCAGUAGCAAGCAGCAGCAGCACCAAUCACGUCAAUGAAAUUAAUGGAAGAGGAGAGGAAGAGAAGCAUUGCAGUAGCGAAAUCGAAGCCGGAGUUAGAUCUGCAGGAGAAAAUGACGAAGAAGAAGAGAAGGAAAGGCUGCGCGAGCUGGGCAAUCUGAUAGGAUUAGAAAAUCUGAAAGCUUUACUGGGUGCGGAAGGUGGGCGCCGCGAUGUUGAUGCUCAUCAGGGUCCUGGUAGGUGGAGGAGGAGGAGAAGGAGAAGAAGCAGCAGACAGAAGAAGGUUUUAGCUUCUGGUGAUCAGAUUCGAGUUCAGCAGCCGCCUGACUUGCCCCUCGAUAGAGCAGAAGUAGAAAAAAGGCUGGAAAAAUCGUCUAAUAGAGUAGAAACAUCUGCCGAGGACAACCUGGUGCCGCGAAAGCUAUCUCAGUAUACAGCAGAAGUAGAAAAAAAGCUGGAAACAUCGUCUAAUAGAGUAAAAACAUCUGCCGAGGACAACCUGGUGCUUCGAAAGCUAUCUCAGGAUACAGCAGAAGUAGAAAAAAAGCUGGAAAAAACGUCUAAUAGAGUAAAAACAUAUGGCGAGGACAACCUGGUGCUGCGAAAGCUACUUCGGAGACCAAGAUACUUUGAUCCUCCAACGGACGGAUUGCUGGAAAUACUAUGCCCCCAUUGUGGUCAAGAAGGCCACAUAGCUAAGCGCUGUGCUUUGCAGCAGGAGAAAAAACCGUGCUUCCUCUGUGGCAGUUUUGAUCAUGCAUGGAAACAUUGUGGCCAGAGCCGCCAUGUAGAAGAAGGCUGCCACUUGGAGGAGGAGGGAGAUGAUUUGAACUCCGAGAUUUGCUUGAGGUGCAGGGAGUCGGGGCACGAUAUGCUGUCAUGUAAGAGCGAUUAUUCACCUGAUGAUCUCAAGGUCAACAUAGCAAAAUUGAUUGUGCGCAUGGUCUCGAGUUUAAUUAAGUCAAGCUUUUAUCAUGGGUUUUUAGCAGCUGCUAAUUUGAUGAGCAGGAAAUGGAAUGUUACUUGUGCAAGAAGGUUGGUCACCUGUGCUGUAGUGAGCUUCGAGUUGCCGGUCCACUCGAGGUUUCAUGUUACCGGUGUGGUGGGUCUGGGCACUUGGGUUCUGGAUGCACAGAGGAAACAGUGGCCAGGCAUCAGAAGAAGCCUCGUUUCCGUGCUAGAUAUCGUAAGAGGACCAAGUUUCACGAAGCCGUAUGAUUGCUCUGGUUUUGGUCAAGAUUUGGGUUUACUGGAGAGAGGCGUUUUCAGUUUUGGGUACUACAAGAAUCAAGAUCCAUUGCCAAGGCUGGUGGACAGAGAAGUCUGCCAAUGAGAACAGAGUGAUGAUAACACUAUUCUGGCCUUUGGUUUAAAGCACGAAAAAAUGCAGAAGGGGCAUCUUUCUUGUUCUAACUACAUGCUUAUAUAUAUAUGAGCUUUUUGGUUUUCCUUUUAACAA